AUGGCGCGCGUAGCUAUGACAGGGACCGCGGCCGCGGAACCGCUCCGAUCGCGCGCGCAACUGGAGGACGCGGUGAUGAUCGCAAGGGUCGCAGGCCGCGGGGGCGACCGCGAGUCGGUGCAGGCGGCGGAGCGCUCGUACGAUAAGAAGACCCGGCAGAAGGAGCGCCGGGCGAAGGAGGCCGCGAGCGAGGCCGAGCGCGCGGAGCGCCCGCGCGCGCAGCUGCGCGAGAACAUCCAGUACGUGGUGGCCGGGCUGCGGACUGCAGCCGCGCAGACGCGCAGCCAGGCCGGGUCCAAAAUCGGGGUCGAAUACUUCCUGCCCCCGGAGAGGGACGACGGGUUCAAGGCUGGCGAGGCGAUGCAGACCUCUCGCCCGACCUCCGCGUCGGGCGAGAACGACGACGAGGACGCCGACCGCUCCGAGGAGUAUUCCGACGACGGGAGGGUGUCCGACUAG